UCAACUCGUUCCUUUACCCACACGUCUUAAUCAAAAUGAAAAAGUUACUUUUGUUGUUUUUCAUCCUUCAUGUUUCAUCUCCAGUGAAACACUUCCUGAGGUUUCUCAUAACUGUGUCUUCUGGAGUCCCAAACUUCCCAGAGUUUCUUGCUGCUGCAGUGGUUGAUGAUAUUCUGAUUGGUUACUGCGACAGCAACAAAAACAUAGUAGAACCAAAACAGGACUGGGUGAAAAAAUUAUUGGAAAACUUUCCUGAGCACAUGGAGCGGUACACUCAAGAGUGUACCCAGCAUCAGCCAAACUUCUUAAAAGCCACGAUGUACAGUUUAAAGCAGCGCUUCAACCAAACCGGAGGUGUUCACAUUUUACAGAGGUCGUAUGGCUGUGAGUGGGACGAUGAGACUGGAGAGAUUAAUGGUUUUACGCAGUACGGUUAUGAUGGAGAAGAUUUCAUAUCAUUGGACCUGAAGACAAUGACAUGGAUCGCACCAAAACCACAGGCUGUCAUCACCAAACUGAGAUGGGACGCUGACAAAGUUAGAAUAAAAUAUAAUCAGAAUUACUUCAAUCAAAUUUGUCCUGAGUGGCUGAAGAUGUAUGUGACCUUUGGCAAGAGCUCUCUGCUGAGAACAGGUAGGAUCACAUGA